CCAAUUUUCAAUGUACUUGUUAUUAGAACGAAGAAUCGCAUCCUUAUGAGCCAACAAUAUUAGCCUUUGGUUUUGACGGAAAACAAAGGUGGCAAAAGCAAAUAGAAAAUAUUUCUUAUGUCUUAAAAAAUCCCAGCGCAGCAGAUGAAAUCGCCACCGUUGAAGAGGAACAUCUGACGGCUGACGUCGAGCAGAUCUGUAGCAAGUGAAUAUUGAAUAUUGUGCAUGAAGGUAUAAGCUAAGCUUGUAUUUUUUUCACCUUGUGCACGAGAGAUGCAGGACUUACCCGGAUUCGAUUUCGGGAUCAUUGGCGGACGUUGUGAAAUCUCCACUGACAGCUGAAAUUGAAGGGUUAACUGUGACAUACAAGCUAAAAAUAGAUUUCGAGAAUGACUGCUAACGGAAGUUUAAAAAAUUAAUACCAGUGGAUAGAAAAAGAAAUAUCGAAAGUAUGGUGGUUGCGAGAGGGUGUGCAUAAUUUUGAAAGGAAUAAUAGGGGUUUGAAAGAGAAGUUGGACUUUCGAGCUAGAAUGGGGUCGAAGAAUAAGAAAUCCGGUGGAAAGAAGAAAAAGACCGACGGCAGCAAGGCACCCUCAGAGAGCCAGCCGGAAUCUGGCGCAGAUGCAGGAACAGAAAUGGAGCAAACAGAGACAGAUAAAGCUACCGUUGAGAGUGUUUCUUCGCCUUCAAAAAAGAGGAAAUCUGGUUCAGAUGAUAGGAAAGAAAAGUUGGAUGCUUUAGAUGAGACUUCUUCUGCUGCUGCAGAUAAAGCUGGGAAGGGGAAAAAGAUGAAGAGUGGAAGGGACGAGGGAAGAGCGGAAGAAUUGAGCUCUGGGGCUUUGGCACGGCAGCUGCGGCCAAGGAAGCAGCCCAAGGUUUUCCAAGAUGUGACCCUAGAGGAGGCUGAUGCCACACGUAUAAUUGGAAGGAGAAUUAAGGUAUUUUGGCCUCUGGAUGAUAAAUGGUAUGCUGGACAUGUGAAAGAGUUUCGUGCAAAAACAAAACAACACCAUGUUGUGUAUGAUGACGGGGAGGAGGAGUGGCUUGUGCUUAAGCAGGAGAGAAUUAAGAUCUCGGUUGAGCAUGGGGAAGUGUUUGGUAAAAGUGUGGCUGCUGGUACUGCUGUGCCAUUCAAAGUUCCACCAUCUGUGAAGGAAGGUCAAAUGGAAGUGGAUAAAGGAAAGAAAAGUGGCACUAGCGAUGGGAAGAAGAACGGUAUCAAAGAGAAGGAUAGCGAUGGCGUUGUCACAAAUGUCAAGAAGACUGGUUCCAAGAGAAGACAGGGAAGUGCAGUUGAUAAUAUUGAGAAGAAUAAUGAGAAAAGCAAGAAGGAAGUUGAAGGGAAGGCAGGGAGUGAGGACAAGGAGGAGGAAAAUGUGGUCAAGAGUAAGCUCGUGGAGGACAAGAUUGACGAUGGAAGAAGGAAGGAAGAAGAUGGAGGAAAGGCGGGGGAAAUUAAAGCUGAGGACCAGGAUGCCAAACAGGUAGAUGAUGUUGGUGAUGGCAGUGAGAAGAAUGAAGGAGAAGCAAAGAAGGAAAACAAGGACAAUGUUGAGAAUGAGGGUCAGGUCCAAGGGCAGGCAGCAGAGGAUGUUAAGAAUGCCAAAAAGCCAAAGAAUUCAAAGAAGACAGCACCACGGACUAAAAGAGGAAGUGGGAAACAAACUCAGCAAAAGCAUAUAUCUGUAGAUCAGAUGGAAGAUGUAGAUACAGAGCAAGAGAAAGUAGCAGAUACUGAAGGUAAACAGGAAAUCAAGAGAGAUGAGGAUGUCAGGGUUAAAGAAAAUGCAAGCUUGAAGGAGGUCAAUGCACCUGAGGUUGAUUCCACAGUUGAUGAUGAUGGUGAGAAGCAACAGAAAACAAAAGAAAGUGUUGCAUCUUCUAGAAAGAAAGUGGAUUCCAGUGUUUCAGUUGGUUCAGAUAUAGGCACAGCAGACGAUGCUGGUGCAAAGCAUUCAAACAAAGAUGUUAGGAAGCAGCCAGAUCAGGCUGAUAAGCAGGAUGAAAAGAAUGCAAAUGUGUUGAUUGCAGAACAAUCAGAAGAGCAACCAAAAGUUGAUGUACCAAAGCAAGCAAAUGAGGAUGAGCCACUUAGGCCAGUCACAAUUGACCAACCCGAUGACAAGCAUUCAGAUGCACGCGGAAGUGAUGUGAAAGCAAUUGAAAAUCAGGUUGAUAUAAAAGAUGAUGAUCAAUUGAGCAAAAAACCUAACAAGAAGUACCGUGUGAAGGUAAAGUCCAGGGAACCCGGGAAGAAAUAAAGGAAAUGCGGAAGUGAUAGUUCUGGUUAUGAUCCUGUAAAAAACAUUGACUGAUGAUUUAUGAGCAUUACGUACCAUGAUAGAUUUUCCAUGCCUAAUGUUUGCCAUGAAACCAUGCUGGGACAUCAGUAUUCUGCUGUUUCGUAUGGCUGAUGGUUGUUAUCACUUAUCCAUGAUGCUUGCCAGAAUUACUUGAAUAUAGGGGGACACAGUUUUAUUCUCAUUCAAUCUCAUGGGUAAGAUUUGUCAGGCUAAGUAUUUCACUUUUAAAGUGAGGCUAUGUACUGUUUCCAUCCCACUGGCAAUUUUUAGGCUGUGGAAUUCUUCAUAACAAGAACAAGCUUGAGAAAUAUUCUCAUCUGUUUACAAGAGUAGAUUUAUUUUCAUUUUCUUUCCUUAUCAGCUCCCUUUUUUGGUCCAUUGGAUAUGAUUAGAGGGCCUAUAUUUGAAGCACCAAAUCCAAAGGUUUUUCUUUAGAAGUAUGAGGUAACAAGUUUUCAUUUAUUAUUGGGAGAUGAAAGAGUCAACAAAAUUUGUGCAUGCUUGCAAGAUUGGUUUAAGUAAAUUCAAUGUGCUGAAAUUUCCAUGUUCAA